AAAACUAAAGCAAUUGGAAUAUAGAACUAUUUUAAUCAUAAUUUUUAACUUCUACGUUUAUAAUUGUGUUUUAAAGGACGUUCAAUUUUCAGAUUUACAAAAUGGCAGCUGAAGAAUUACAGAAACAGUUCCAACACGAAUUGGAUGCUUUUAAACAAUGUCAAAAAGAAAUAAACCAAUUGGCUGGAAUGCGUCAACAAUUGGAUGGUCAACUAAAUGAAAACUCUAUUGUCAAAGAAGAGUUAGCUCUUCUAAAACCUUCCGGUGAAGUAUAUAAAAUGGUUGGCCCUAUAUUACUACGUCAAGAUCACACAGAAGCUAAAGAAAAUAUUGAUAAACGUAUGAGUUACAUAAAAAAUGAACUGCAAAGAAUUGAUGAUCGAAUACACACACUAGAGGGUACACAAGAUCAAUAUAGGGAAUCUCUUACUAAAUUACAACAACAGUUUCAAGCUCAACAAGAAAAAAAAUGAUCAAUCAUAUCAAAUCAAAUGAUGAAAAUUGAUACUACUAACUAUUUAAUGUGUCUUAAUUCAUUAAAUUAUUAAAAUUUUUUUUCUAUAAUAAUAUCGCUGAUAAUAUAAUAUAAUGUAAUCAAUAAUCAAUAUAUCUAUGAACUUAAAUAA